AAAUGUCAUUUUUUUACUAUAAUUUACAAGAAAAUACUUUAAUCACGUUUUACGUUAACAUUUCGGUGGUUGCGCGUAUAUUUUUUGUGAUAAGCAAGGGUGCCAUGUGGUCGUCGGGGACGCAUAACCUCGGCGCGGCGCUCGGGCGGCGCAUCACGUAACGUCGGGUCUUCGGGAGUGCCGAUGGUGAGAGCGGAGAUGGUGCUGAGUACUGAGUGGGCGCUAGUAGAGGUGGUCGAGCUCACGAACGACGGCAACGGGCUGGGGUUCAACUUAGUCGGCGGGAGGAGUACAGGGGUAGUGAUCAAGUUUGUCGUGCCUGGCGGAGCGGCCGAUAAGGACGGGAGGCUUCAGAGCGGGGACCACGUGCUGCAAGUGGGUUCGGUGAACCUACGAGGGUUUACGUCGGAGCAAGUCGCGUCCGUGCUUCGACAGGCCGGCGCCACCGUCCGGCUGCUGGUAGCUCGCCCGGCAGACCCCGCAGUCGCCCUCCGCGCCCCGCUGCCCGGGACGGCGCUCGUGCCCACCAAGAUCCUCGCCGACCCCGACCAGCUCGACCGCCACCUCGUCGAGAGCGGCUACGCGGCCAUCUACGACCUCUCCCAGUGCUACGGUGAAUAUGUCAACGGGCAGAACGGAGAUGAAAACGUUGCGGUGGUUGUGAGCGUAAUCGGCGAAAUCCCACAAGAAAUCCAGGAACAACCUGUUGUUGCGGUGUCCCCAACAAUUACUAUUACCGUACCUGUGGAAUUGCCUAACUUGCCCGAGGUAGAAAUAGUUCAUGUAGAUUUAAACAAAAAUGUCUAUGGUUUAGGGAUCACAGUAGCCGGUUACGUUUGUGAGAAGGAAGAACUAUCCGGUAUCUUUGUGAAGAGCAUCAUAGAAGGGAGCAGUGCUGAGCAAAGUGGACAAAUUAAAUUAAAUGAUAGAAUAAUAGAAGUAGAUGGAAUAUCUUUAGCAGAUAAAAGCAACCCUCGGGCUGUGGACAUUUUGAGAAACACAGGUAUUUCGGUGCACUUAGUGUUAGAGCGGUAUUUAAGAGGUCCAAAGUUUGAGCACCUGCAGUUAGCAAUAUUUAAUGAGGAGCGUCCUCCGUCACCUUCACCUUCCACAACCACCCUUUCCUGGUUCCCUGUGCCUUCCCAAGACGACAGUACUACUAAAAUAGAACCAGAGCGGGACUCUAACACUACUAUAGAUUCCAGUGUAUUGGAAAUUGUUGAUACUGAAGUGAUUGAACCAUCUCAAGAGGAACUUGAUAAGAGACUGGAUGAGAUACUAGCUGUAAACAAGGAAGAAAUUAAGAAACGGUGGUCAGAACAAAUUGGCCCAGAAAAAUCCAUUUUGGUUGCUGAAGUGAACAAGCUUGGUGCCUUGGGGAUCAGUCUAGAAGGUACUGUAGAUGUAGAAGGUGGCCAGGAGGUGCGGCCGCAUCACUACAUCAGAUCCGUGCUUCCAGAGGGCCCAGUUGGACAGCAAGGGACCCUAACGGCUGGAGACGAACUUUUAGAAGCAAAUGAAUACAGACUACACGGGCUGACACAUACAGAAGUUGUAAAUAUCCUCAAACAAUUACCAGACCGUGUGAGGCUGGUUGUAGCACGUCCUGAAAGUGGUCCUCGGUCUGUUAUCAACUUAGCAUCUGACCGAGAAGCAUUUGAAGCUAGAAAAAUAAUAUCUGGCAGUCUCAACAACCUUACUACCCUCAUCAAAGCCCAGUCAGACACCUCAAUCAACACAUCAAGCACUGCAACUCUUACUAACCACUCCAGUCUCUCAAAGAAAUCCCGUUCUUUAGAGUGUGUAUCCGGGCUAGCCAUGUGGCAAAGCAAAGAGGAUAUUGUCGAGCUUGUCAAAGGAGACCAGGGUUUAGGCUUCUCUAUAUUAGACUACCAGGACCCAAUAGAUCCACAAGGGACAGUAAUAGUUGUCAGGAGCUUAGUUCCUGGUGGCGUAGCUGAGAAAAACGGAGAGAUAUCUCCGGGAGACAGAGUCAUGUCUGUUAAUGGAGCUAGCAUUAAGAAUGCGACUUUAGACCAAGCAGUGCAGGCCUUAAAAGGCGCUCCGCGUGGCGUUGUCAAAGUUGGCAUAGCGCGUCCAAUGCCGCCUCAUGAUAACUCCAAAUCGAAAAGCACUAGCACUCUAAACACUGUCAAACCAAGUUAAUCUUUACUCUGUGAUUUAACCAGUACUAGUCAAGUUGAAGUCAUAUCAAUCUUACGCUUAAUUGAGAUUAACAUACAGCGUCACAGACGCGGGCGUUUGUCUGUAAAAAAAACUACAAAGGCAUGUUGGUGGUCCUAAAACGUAAACGAAAAACAUGUAAAGCAUUAUUUUUCUAAAAACGUGAUGAAAUUUCUACACAAUGUUCCUAAUAUUGUGUGUAGAAAUCUUUGAACUUAUUGCAUAAUAAAGCUGGAGGUAAUGUAAUAAGGCAAAUCUCAAUUAGUCAAACUUUAGGCUAAACAUUGCUGCCAUGCAAAUUUUACCCACUUCCAUUGCUCUUGACUGAAUUUGAAAUGUAACUUCACACCUUUACCUUUAGUUCUUCUUGAUUCUAGGUUCGGACCAUCAGUAACAGCCGAAAAUUUAACUGAUUCAAAAACUCGCCGUAUGUACAGGCCGUAAGGCUCAAAAUGCAUUGCAAAGUCUGUAGACUAGUCAAUACUUCAUCUAUCAAUACGCGAGGACAGCUCAACUCCAUGAUACAAUAAUAAUUUACGCUUUACUAGUUAUAUUUUAUCGUCGUAAGUUCACGAAGCUUUUGUAAUGCACAAAAUCAUAAGGUAGCUAACCUGUUACUUCUGCCUCGUAACUUUGAAAAAUGAACUUUAUAGUCAUCGUUAUAAGGUGCAUAGAAUGUAUUAAUCAAAAAUGCACUUAAGAAAACUUUGCCAUAACUAAAAUUUUCCUAAUGCUUAAUGAACUCUACGACAAGAUCACAAAGUUCAUUUUUGAUUAAAUCAGGCACCUGCAGGCAUUGUGAAUGUAUGGGCUCACUUAGAGACGUGUAGGACUCCAUUUGUUUACUAGUUUAAGCCUUCUGCACUGCCUUCAGGAUCUAAGUCAAAAAUAAACUAAAUUACAUGGCAGAACCUCUUAUUGAACAAAUAUUAGAUUUUCUAGCAAACUUAGGUCGUAAACAGUAAUCACAAAUGUGUAGAUAUUAAACUAAGGGAGCAAUUAUAAAAAUACGAAUUUUAUGUAAAUAAUAUAAAAUAUCUGUUUUAAACUUCAUCAUCUUGUGGAUUUGAAUGAGAAUUGAGUUUUGAAAAAGUAUUAUUGUGGAUUUCACAGUGACUUUGUAUCUCAUGAAAAGAGAUUGACAAUCUCAACAUUUUAUAUGUAAAAUAAUAUUUUCAACUGACAUACAAGAUCUGUGGAUUUAUAGUUUUAGUUUUGCUUUUGAAAUUGGCACACGCGCUUAUUCUUGCCAUGACAAUUAAAUUCUUGCCUUAUUGAUCUGAAACAUACAUAAUAUAUGUAAAAUACAAUUAUAUUUAUUCAUUGCAUUUUGUUACAUUUAUUAAAUAAAGUAUAUAAAUGUACUCUCAGCAGAAUGGAACCUGGAGAUGUCUUGGAAUUAUGUCAAGUUCAGUACGGUCAGGGGGCCUAGCCAAGAUGCCAAUCGUUUGCGCUACGACAACGAAACGCUUUCUGUCUCUCUAUCACUCUUACAUAUUAGUGCGAUAGAGAAACAGAUAGCGUUUCGUUGUCUUAUUGCAAACCAAAGGGGAUAUAAUAGGAUAGAGCGAUACUGUCAUAGUAAAUUUUGUAGCCACAGUAUAUUCACUGCCAUCUAUCGACACACGAUUAAAACUAAAAAAAAUAUAUAAAAAAAAAUUAUAUAUCGAUAAAUGAUGUUUUUUUAUAUGCAAUAUUUGCAUUGUUUAUUUUUAUAUUAUUUUGACCCAUGUUCUUUCACUGAUAUGCGUUAAAAUUGUUAAAUAACAAACGAAACCGUCAACGCCAUCUAUACGAGAGUAGGCCAAAGGUAGUGGCGCCAUCUGAUCGAGAAUCAAAUUUUCUUGAUUUUCGAGGCACGUUUUUUCCUUAGACUGUAUCCAUCUAUUACGGAGUUAUAUUUAUCUUUGGUUAAACAUCGUACUCACAAUCCUGCUUGCAGCCCUGUAAGAGCAAGAGGCUAUCUGUUAGAGUAAGAUGGUAAUACCAAAGAUAGAUAUAACUUCGUAAUAGAUGGAUACAGUCUAAGGAAAAAACGUGCCUCGAAAGUCAAGAAAAUUUGAUUCUCGUUCAGAGGGCGCUACUAGCUUUGGCCUACUGUCGUAUAGAUGGCGUUGACGGUUUCGUUUGCUAUUUAACAAUUUUAACGCAUAUCAGUGAAAUAACAUGGGUCAAAAUCAUAAACAUAAUUAAUGCAAAUAUAAAAAAUCAUUUAUCCAUAUUCAAAAACAUUUUAUCGUAUUUUUAUAAAUCUUUAUUUUUAGUUUUAAAGUGUGUCGACAGAUGGCAGUGAAUUUACUGGGGUUACAAAAUUUACUAUGACAGUACCGCUCUAGUAUAAGUUACUCUAUGGUAAUACCAAUCUUUAUAACUUUCUCAUUAUAACUCCCUUCGGAACGUACCUGAGAUUUUUUUGUUGUAAGAUCGUAGUUCCAUGAGCUAAGUUUCUAUUCUGUUGUCAGUACAUUAAUUGUUAAUACAAAGUAAGAGGUGCACGAAACACUAGAGGAGCACAAUGUGAUAUGGAUGUUAUUUGUAAAGUAUUUACUUUAGCGCCCUAAAUAAUUGUACGGGCUUUGUACUUACACUACUUACCUUCUAACAGUAGGUGUUGUGUGUAGGCAUUUAUUUUGUUGAGAAUGUAAAGCUAAACAAAAUUGGUUAUUACAGAUGUAGGGCAUAAUUGAUUUCCAUCGUAUUUAUAGGAAAACCCCUGUUCUUUCACUGAUAUGUGUUAAAAUUGUUAAAUAACAAACGAAACCGUUAACGCCAUCUAGCCGAGAAUAGGCCAAAGUUUGAUAUUGGUUGUAGCGCCAUCUGUGCGAGAAUCAAUUUAUUUAUUUCCGAGGCACGUUUUUUCCUUAGACUGUAUUCAUCUUAUACGGAGUUACAUAUAGGUCUUUGGUCAAUGUAAGUACUUUUUGUACAGUCGCCAUCAGAUAUCGGAGCGUCCAAGGUGCUCACAAAUAUCUGAACACGCCUCUAUUGUCAAGGCGCUAGGUGCGUAUUCAGAUAUUUCUGAGCACCUCGGCCGCUCCAAUAUAUCUGAUGGCGACUGUACCGAGACUGACUGAAAAAGCAAGACACGUUCCUCCGUGAAAAUACGAUGGAAAUUAAUUAUGCACUACAUCUAUAUCUUAGUUCGAUAACUAAAUGCAAACAGUAUCGUCAUUAUCAGAUAUAUCGGAAAGACCAAGGAGCUCAAAAAUAUCUGAGCAUGCCUCUAUUGUCGAGGCGUAAGAAUGCAUGUUUUUUUUACAUCUUGGUUUCUCCUUUAUAAUAUCACCAUCAGUGGACCUUAUUUAUUUGUAAUAAAGUUUACGAUUUGUCAGAUAAAGCCCAAAAUUUUACGAGACAAAACACAGUCUUAUGUCUUUGACAAUAGAGUCGCGUUUACAUGAUUUAUUUAUUUUAUGCCGAAGAUCUGGAUAUUUAGUCCGUAAUAAUAUAGAAUUCUGAGAAGCUUUACAUUUUCAUUUGUACCUUAUACGUAAAUGUUAUAAUGAUACUCAUUUAUGUCCGUUGUUUUAACUUCCUCAGAAUUGUUUGAGUACUUACAGAUCUCUAUAACUAUAGUAUUUAUAAUGUAUAGGUAUAUGUAAGUGAAUCUUUUAAUAAAACGGAAUGCACACAUACAA